CAGCCCUCGCUCCACCCGUUUGCAGCCACUCCCUGUCGCCGUCCCCUAGCUCGAGAGGGUCACGUGGCCCUCCGGGACCAGUCACGUGAGGCACGCAUCCCUGGUGGGAGGGGGUUAGCAGAGGGGUCCCGAGUGGCAGUAAAGGAGGAACAUGGCGGGGUGCAGGGGGUCCCUAUGCUGCUGCUGCAGGUGGUGCUGCUGCUGCGUUGAGCGUGAGACCCGCACCCCCGAGGAGCUGACCAUCCUCGGGGAGACACAGGAGGAGGAGGAUGAGAUCCUUCCAAGGAAAGACUAUGAGAGUUUGGACUAUGAUCGCUGCAUCAAUGACCCUUACCUGGAGGUUUUGGAGACCAUGGAUAAUAAGAAAGGGCGAAGGUACGAGGCGGUGAAGUGGAUCGUGGUGUUUGCCAUUGGCGUCUGCACUGGGCUGGUGGGUCUCUUUGUGGACUUUUUUGUGCGACUCUUCACCCAGCUCAAGUUUGGAGUGGUUCAAACAUCGGUGGAAGAAUGCAGCCAGAAAGGCUGCCUUGCUCUGUCCCUCCUUGAACUCUUGGGCUUUAACUCGACCUUUGCCUUCUUGGCGAGCCUUCUUGUCCUAAUUGAGCCGGUGGCAGCAGGUUCUGGGAUACCUGAGAUCAAAUGCUAUCUGAAUGGUGUGAAGGUGCCAGGAAUUGUGAGGCUCCGGACCCUGCUCUGCAAAGUCUUGGGAGUGCUGUUCAGUGUGGCUGGAGGGCUCUUUGUAGGGAAGGAAGGCCCCAUGAUCCUCAGUGGAGCUGUGGUGGGAGCUGGCCUCCCUCAGUUUCAGAGCAUUUCCUUGCGGAAGAUCCAGUUUAACUUCCCCUAUUUCCGAAGCGACAGAGACAAGCGAGAUUUUGUGUCAGCUGGGGCUGCUGCUGGGGUUGCUGCAGCUUUUGGGGCCCCGAUUGGAGGUACCUUGUUCAGUCUGGAGGAGGGCUCAUCCUUCUGGAACCAAGGACUCACAUGGAAAGUGCUCUUUUGCUCUAUGUCUGCCACCUUCACCCUCAACUUCUUCCGUUCUGGGAUUCAGUUUGGAAGUUGGGGUUCCUUCCAGCUCCCUGGAUUGCUGAACUUUGGCGAGUUUAAGUGCUCUGACUCUGAUAAAAAAUGUCAUCUCUGGACAGCUAUGGAUUUGGGUUUCUUCGUCGUGAUGGGGUUCAUUGGGGGCCUCCUGGGAGCCACAUUCAACUGUCUGAACAAGAGACUUGCAAAGUACCGUUUGCGAAAUGUGCACCCGAAACCUAAGCUCGUCAGAGUCUUGGAGAGUCUCUUGGUGUCCCUAGUAACCACUGUGGUGGUGUUUGUGGCCUCAAUGGUGUUAGGAGAAUGCCGACAGAUCUCUGCAAGUCAAGUUGGCAACGGCUCAUUCCAGCUCCAGGUUGCAUCAGAAGAUGUGAAUUCAAGUAUCAAGACAUUUUUUUGUCCCAAUGAUACCUACAAUGACAUGGCCACACUCUUCUUCAAUCCUCAGGAGUCAGCCAUCCUUCAGCUGUUUCACCAGGACGGGACGUUUAGCCCCAUCACCUUGGCCUUGUUCUUCAUCCUCUAUUUCCUGCUUGCAUGUUGGACUUAUGGCAUUUCUGUUCCAAGUGGCCUUUUUGUGCCUUCUCUGCUGUGUGGAGCUGCUUUUGGACGUUUAGUUGCCAACAUCCUAAAAAGCUUCAUUGGGUUAGGCCACAUCUAUUCCGGGACCUUUGCCCUGAUUGGUGCCGCGGCUUUCUUGGGUGGGGUUGUCCGUAUGACCAUCAGUCUCACGGUCAUCCUGAUAGAGUCAACCAACGAGAUCACUUAUGGGCUUCCCAUUAUGAUCACCCUGAUGGUAGCCAAGUGGACAGGGGACUUUUUUAAUAAGGGCAUUUAUGAUAUCCAUGUGGGCCUGCGAGGCGUUCCGCUCCUGGAAUGGGAGACAGAGGUGGAAAUGGACAAGCUGAGAGCCAGUGACAUCAUGGAGCCCAAUCUGACUUACGUCUACCCACACACCCGAAUCCAGUCUCUGGUCAGCAUCCUGCGUACUACAGUCCACCAUGCCUUCCCAGUGGUCACUGAGAACCGGGGCAAUGAGAAGGAGUUCAUGAAGGGCAACCAGCUCAUCAGUAACAACAUCAAGUUUAAGAAAUCCAGCAUCCUUACCCGGGCCGGCGAGCAGCGCAAACGGAGCCAAUCCAUGAAGUCUUACCCGUCCAGUGAACUACGCCACAUGUGUGACGAGCACGUGGCCUCCGAGGAGCCUGCUGAGAAGGAGGACCUGCUGCAGCAGAUGCUGGAGAGGAGAUACACUCCCUACCCCAACCUAUAUCCUGACCAGUCCCCGAGUGAAGACUGGACCAUGGAGGAGCGCUUCCGCCCCCUGACCUUCCAUGGCCUCAUCCUUCGGUCGCAACUUGUCACCCUGCUUGUCCGAGGAGUUUGUUACUCUGAAAGUCAGUCGAGCGCCAGCCAGCCACGCCUUUCCUAUGCGGAGAUGGCGGAGGACUACCCCCGCUACCCUGACAUCCACGACCUGGACCUGACGCUGCUGAACCCUCGAAUGAUCGUGGAUGUCACUCCAUAUAUGAAUCCUUCACCGUUCACCGUCUCUCCCAACACCCACGUCUCUCAAGUCUUCAACCUGUUUAGAACAAUGGGCCUGCGUCACUUGCCGGUGGUGAAUGCAGUGGGUGAGAUCGUCGGGAUCAUUACACGGCACAACCUGACGUAUGAGUUUCUGCAGGCCCGCUUGCGGCAGCACUACCAGACCCUCUGAUGGUCCGAUGGCCAACACACCCUCCCUGAGCUGCCUGGGCGAGUGGCUUACUCACUCAGAGGCCCACACAGCUGGCUGGGGCUGUUCCAGGGCACGAAGGUUCCCAGUCAACCACCCACAUGCUCAGAAAGCCUGGAAUCAUCAAACACUUUGCUGGUCAGAGAUCCUGGGGAUGGGGCUGAAACAAAAGUUUAGACUUUUCUAACUUCCUCCACAAACAUCCUCCCGUUUCCUACUUCCUGGGCUCCUCCCAGUCAGUGUUGGCACAGGCCUGCCAGGCCCAAAGAGAGCAGGGCCAGAGGCGGGAGUCAGCUAUGCCCUGGGGGAGCCCGGGUAGCUUUCCUGCCACUGUUGCUGCUGCCCUGGGGAGCCCAGCUGCUGCCUUAACCACUUGGGGAGAGCCUGGGACUGAGGCAAACACUGAAAAUGAAGUUUAUUACUAAGUUCAGGAAUCAGGCACUGAGAAAAUUCCCCAUGUUCAGGGAGGCCUUCCUUCAUUGGAACUUUUUUUUUUUUCUUAAUGGUACUGGGGAUUGAGCCCAGAGCCACAUACAUACUGGAACUGGAAAUCCUAACAGCUUCUCUAGUCCAUUGUAAGGGAAAUGCUCAGCUUCCCAGGAGUGAGCGGGUGCUUUGAUCUCACCUUGUGGUUUGAAUCUCCUUAGAAUGACUACCCUCCAGAAGCACAAAGCAUUAAAAUCCCAUAAGCAUCUCUGGACAGUAAAUCAAUCAUAGGAUCAUGACAUCUUCCCUUGCUUUUAAUACUUGAGCAUUCUCCAUUUGCAAAUUACUCCUGGUCCCCCAGGAACAACUCCCCUCUCCCAUCUGUCCUGAUCCAUUCAUCUCUAUGACUUACUAGAACUUCCAAAUUUUUAUCUCCUUCCUCCUAGGGGGCGCAGCCACAGCUUAGCCUUGACCUCAUCCCCAAAGUUAACAAAAAGCGGGGUACCCGUAGACACAGCUGCUGAGUCCUAGGGAAUGGGACCAUUCUUACAAGCUAGCAAGGAGGCCAUCCCAAGCUAGGGUCACUCCAAGGUGUGUGUUAGGAAAAAGCAAUGGCUUCCUUUCACCUCUCACUCCCAGCCACCCCAUUGUAUGUCUUUUGCAGGGUCUGCUGUUCAGGGGGGCAGGGCAGGGCUGGGAGGGAGGAGGGAGAGAUGCUUCCUGGCAGCCCGUGCCACACACACAGGCCGCCUGAUUGCUCAUGACUUCAUUCCAUCUGGGCUGGUGGUCCCCUCUCGCACAGGUACCACGGUGAGCAUCACAUCUUCCUCUAGCUUCUGUGUGCUUAUUGGCUUCUCAGUCCCACCCAGCAUCCCUGUGCUAGUCCUUUUGGGGACUCAAGAUGGCUUUCGUUUUAUUAUGUGUUUUUUAAACCAUGAGGGCAUUGGUACCUCGGCCUAGGUUAUUGCAAUCUGGACGUAGGGUCAGCCCUGGCUCAGCCAGGCGGGCCUCAUGCCCAGUGCACUCUAAGGAAUCAUUCCAAGUCCAUGAGGAUCUGCCUCAGGGCCUUCCACCGACCAUGACCUGUUGCCUUCUACAUUCUCCUUAUUUACUUACCUUCCUGACCAAAAUGACAUUGACUUCUCCCUCUUUCAGCCUCUGUGUGUAUACCUGACUUGUGAAUUAGGGAUGAUGCUCCCAACAGAUAGUUCAGGAAUUGUAACCCUUUUAACUAGGAUUAUGCUGUCACCUCAUUUUAUGGCAGCAUUCACAGCUUGACCACAUUGUCCUUUUAUUAAGAAGGAAAUUGUGUCAUGAGAACUACCAGUCCGAGAAGCUUCAAUCCCUCUUGCAUCAGUCGGGCUGAAGCCCUGCAGGGCAGAGCAGGGCUGCCCACCUUGAGGCCAUCCAGGGAGCAUGUGGUGGGAAUCUACUCGUGUUCACUGUGUUUAAGUCACCAGAUGCAUUGUAGCCACCAGUUAGGCAGAAAUACAUACUAGGAUGCAGAUGCCUCUCUCCCGCGAGCUAACUGGAUGGCCAACAAGAUGGACUCGAGCCCAGGUCAUGGGGGCUUGUGGUUUCCUGUGUUCCUCCCAUCUGCCUCUGUCCUUUCCAGAAAAGCCCAAAGAUGACACCUUCUCCACUCAGGACCAAUUAGUGUAAGCCUAACCCCCAUUGCUGUCCAUAGUAUCUCACCUGUUGCCACCUGCGGCCCCUAGUGCCACAGCACCUCCAUCAAACAGAUCCGCAAGGGAGUGUGUGGCUGGCUGCCGGUGGUUUUCAUCUCCAACAUGGUGUCCCUCAUCUCCUGGCCAAGGUGAUUGAGGAGCAAGGCUGACAGCCUUCCAGAUUCUGUGGGAAUUUUGCACUGUUUGAGCUAUCUCCUUGUGGCUUUUAAUGGUUCUAGCUGGAAUGGACACUGAGGACCCAACCCUGUGACAAUAGAUACAUAAUGGCACAGUGACAGCCUUGGUGACAAAUUUCCGGGAGGCCAGCACAUCCCUCCUGGGCCUGGCAGUAUUCAUGUACAGUGUUCCCCCUCAGUUCCUGUGCACGGUGGCCAGUUCUGCUGCCGCAGCCUCCAGCUUUCUGUUUGCACUGUUUGUUUGUACCUGACAGUGUUAGCUAAUUCCACUGUGUAUAUAAAUGGUAUUUUUUUUAAUUUGUAAAUUUCUAUUUUUAUUUGAACUCUUGGACCUUGGAAGUUCUCAUGGUAACUGUAACGCGUUGGAAUAAAAUGUCUGCACCUGUCUCUGUUAGCCUUUUGUCUCCACAGCAUUCUCUCUCUCUCUCUGAGGGUGCUGCUUAUUUCCUUCCCAUUUUUCCAUUAG